UUCUCUACAAAAUAACACCAUGAAAAACCAAAAAAAAUCUUGUGAAGAACCAAAAGAAACGAAAAAAGACUACAGCACAGCAAUUCUCGUUAGAAAAAAAGCACCUAAUCGUCUCAUAAUUGAUGAAUCAAUCAAAGACGAAAAUUCCAGUGUUUUUCUCAACCCAAUAACAAUGGAAAAGCUACAACUUUUUUGUGGUGACACUGUUUUAAUUAAAGGUAAAAGAAAAAGAGACACAGUUGGUAUUGCAUGUAUUGAUGAAACAUGUGAAGAACCAAAAAUACGUAUGAACAAAGUUGUACGUAACAACUUACGUAUACGUCUAGGUGACAUUGCAUCAAUCCAUCUUUGUGACAAUAUUCAGUAUGGAAAAAGAAUUCAUCUACUUCCUAUUGAUGAUACUGUUGAAGGUUUAACAGGUGAUCUUUUUGAAGUUUAUUUAAAACCUUAUUUUCAAGAUUGUUAUCGUCCUUUAAGGAAAGGUGAUAUAUUUAAUGUACGAGGUGGUAUGAGGUGUGUUGAGUUUAAGGUUAUGGAAACUGACCCUCCUGAGUAUUGUAUUGUUGCUCCGGAAACUGAGAUUUUCGUCGGUGAUGAACCUGUUAAGAGGGAAGAUGAAGAUCAAUUGAAUUCGAUUGGUUACGAUGAUGUUGGUGGAUUUAGGAAACAAAUGGCUCAAAUUAGGGAGUUGGUUGAGUUGCCUUUAAGGCAUCCACAACUUUUUAAGUGCAUUGGUGUGAAACCACCUAAAGGAAUUCUUUUAUAUGGACCUCCUGGCUCAGGAAAAACAACGAUAGCCCGAGCUGUUGCAAAUGAAACUGGUGCGUUUUUCUUGGUUAUUAAUGGACCUGAGAUCAUGUCUAAGAUGGCUGGUGAAAGCGAGGGUAAUUUGAGGAAAGUGUUCAAGGAAGCUGAGAAGAAUGCACCGUCUAUGAUCUUCAUCGAUGAGAUUGAUUCCAUCGCGCCUAACAGGGAAAAGACACACGGGGAGGUGGAAAGAAGGAUUGUUUCUCAGCUACUGACGUUGAUGGAUGGGCUUAAAUCGCGUGCACAUGUUAUCAUUAUAGGUGCAAGGAAUAGGCCUAAUACGAUCGAUCCUGCAUUGAGGAGGUUUGGGAGAUUCGAUAGGGAAAUUGACAUUGGCGUCCCUGAUGAGGUUGGACGACUUGAGAUUCUUCGUGUCCACUCGAAGAACAUGAAGCUUGGAGAGGAUGUUGAUUUGGAAAGCGUUGCAAGGGACACACACGGUCAUGUUGGUGCUGAUUUAGCUGCGUUGACUACUGAGGCCGCGCUUCAAUGCAUUAGGGAAAAGAUGGCUGUGAUUGACUUGGAAGACGAAACUAUCGAUGCUGAGGUACUGAAUUCCAUGGCGGUUGGUAACGAACAUUUUAAGGCUGCUUUAGGCAAUAGCAACCCUUGUUCUCUUCGCGAGACAGUUGUUGAAGUUCCAAAUGUUUCGUGGGAUGAUAUUGGAGGGCUCGAGACUGUCAAACGCGAGCUUCAAGAGACGGUUCAGUAUCCUGUGGAACAUCCUGAAUUGUUUGAGAAAUAUGGCAUGUCCCCAUCAAAGGGUGUCCUGUUUCAUGGCCCGCCCGGAUGUGGGAAAACUCUGCUGGCUAAGGCGAUCGCGAACGAAUGCCAAGCAAACUUCAUCAGUGUCAAAGGUCCUGAAUUGCUCACAAUGUAUUUUGGAGAAAGUGAAGCUAAUGUUAGGGAGCUUUUCGAAAAGGCACGCCAAUCAGCGCCCUGCAUUCUGUUUUUCGACGAAUUAGACUCGAUUGCUGUUAAGAGAGGGAAUUCCAGAGGGGAUGCUGGUGGUGCUGCUGAUAGAGUUUUAAAUCAGCUCCUGACCGAAAUGGACGGAAUGACAGCCAAAAAAACCGUUUUCGUUAUAGGUGCAACCAAUAGGCCAGACAUAAUUGAUCCUGCACUACUAAGGCCUGGGCGUCUUGACCAAUUGAUAUACAUUCCUCUCCCUGAUGAAGAAUCAAGAUACCAAAUUUUCCGCGCAUCUUUAAGAAAAUCGCCUGUUUCAAGCAAAGUAGAUUUUAGACUCCUAGCCAAGAUGACUGAAGGGUUUAGUGGGGCAGACAUUACUGAAAUAUGUCAACGCGCUUGCAAAAACGCGGUGAGGGAAGAUAUAGAAAGGGACAUUGAGAGGGAGAAGAGGCGAACGGAGAAUCCUGAUAUGAUGGAAGAAGAUAUGAAAGAAGAGGUUGCAGAAAUUAAAGUUGCACACUUUGAGGAAUCUAUGAAGUAUGCUAGAAGAAGUGUUAGUGAUUUUGAUAUUUUGAAGUACCUUGAUUUUGCUCAGUCUUUACAGCAGUCAAGAGGCUUUGGUAAAGAUUUCAAAUUCUCAAAUUACAACAACAAUGCUAUGGAAGGAUUAGCUGCUAAGAAAAAUCCUUUUGAGAAUUGUGCUGGAGUUGAAGAUUGUGAUGAUGCUGAGUUAUAUGAUUAGGAUCUUAUAGUUUCUUUUUACUGAAUUUUUUGUUGUUUUCUCUGUUCAAGAUUGCAUUUAUUCCUUGCUUUAUAUAGUUGAUUGCUCUUUUGUAGUCUUUUUGUUUCAGUUCAAUGAGUAACUG